AUGGUAGCCCACACAAGUGUUUGUGCAAGGCGCAGAGGUGACUCUCCUUGCCCAGGGCGGCAGAGGGUGACACGGAGUCCUUAUCCUUGCCCUUUCAGGGCUGCAGAAGGGACACUCGAUAAAAAGAUGGCCUAUCACAAAGUGAAUGCAGACCAGAGAGCACAGGGACACUCUCCGUACCUCGACAACGAUGAGCUCCAAGCCACAGCGCUGGAACUGGAAUGGGACAUGGAAAAAGAGCUGGAGGAGCCUGGCUUUGACCAUUUCCGACUGGAUGGUGCGGUCCAGCAUCACUUGGGAAACUCACAGAGUCCUGACCUUGAUCUCGAGCCCAUCCAGCCUUCAUCUUCUCCAAAGGGAAGAUUCCAGCGGCUUCAGGAAGACCCCGACUACGUCUCGCACUAUACGAGACAGCCACCAAAGAGCAACCGCUGCAGUUUUUUUCAGAUACUGAAAGUAUUUUGCACUGCUUUGAUUUUAUUUAUUUUUGGAAUUGUGAUAGGAUAUUAUGCACGCAAGAAAUGCCCUUCUCCCCCAACAUCUCAAGAACCAAAUAACCCUCAUAUCUACCAUGAAAUUCUCAAGGAAAUCAAAGCUGAAAAUAUUCAACAGAUUUACAGAGAUUUGUUACAGUUCCCUAGAGAAGAUGAUGUGGACAUUGCAAUGAAAAUUCUGGUUCAGUGGAGUUCCCAAGGCCUUGAAGAUGUCCGGCUGGUAAAUUACUCUGUUUUGCUUGACCUACCGGGAUCUUCUUCAAACACAGUAACUCUGAAAAACAGUGGUGAAUGCUUUUAUCCUAGUGGACAACAGUGCAACAGAGAGACCAAAACGCUUCAUAGCCAAGACCUCUUGUACUCGUAUGCAGCUUACUCUGCCAAAGGAACUCUUGAGGCAGAACUUGUUGAUAUACAGUAUGGGACCGUGGAAGACUUGAUCCGGAUUCGAGCCAUUACAAAUGUGACCAAAAAAAUUGCACUUUUGAAGCUAGGACAAUCACCUUUGCUUUAUAAGCUUUCUCUGUUAGAAGAUGCAGGGUUUGGUGGUGUUCUUCUUUACGUUGAUCCUUGUGACUUACCAAAGACUACAGAUCUUGCUGAUAAAGCUUUUAUGGUUUCCUUGAACAGCGGAGGAGAUCCAUCAACACCUGGUUAUGCCAGUAUUGAUGGAAGCUACAGACAAAAUCGACUGAACCUCACAACGCUGUUAGUACAACCAAUUUCUGCAGUGCUUGCCAAAAAACUCGUUUCCUUACCUGAGGACACUGUCCAGAAAGAUAGGUGUAUACCCCUCCAACUGCCAGCUACAGGCAAAAAAAAAAUCAGUCUGAAUAUUCAGUCAGUCACAACUUACAAGACCAUUUCUAAUGUUAUUGGAUAUUUAAAAGGAACUGUAUUUCCUGACAGAUACGUCAUCAUUGGUAGUCAUCACAGUGGUUUGAAUAUUUACGAUGGUCAAGAAUGGGCCAGUAGCACUGCUAUCAUCACAGCAUUUAUACAAGCCUUGAUGUUGAAAGUUAAGAGAGGCUGGAGACCUGACCGGACCAUUGUUUUCUGCUCAUGGGGAGGAACAUCAUUUGGGAACAUUGGUUCAUAUGAAUGGGCAGAGGAUCUCAAGAGAGUUCUUCAAAGAAAUGUUGUGGCUUACGUUAGCCUCCAUAAUCCGGUCAGAGGCAACUCAACUUUACACCCUGUUGCAUCUCCUUCUCUUCAGCAACUGGCAGCAGAGAGCCAGAGCUUCAACUGUGUGGAAAAGACUAGAUGUCCAGGAUCUAAUGUGAGUUCUGUACAGAUACAGGGAGAUUCGGAUUAUUUCAUCAACCAUCUUGGAGUACCUGCCACGCAGUUUUCUUAUGAGGACAUCAAAACAUCAGAGAAUUCUACUUUUCUCUCCGAAGCUCUUUUUCCUGUACGUACAACAAAAACUGAAGAGCUGGAUCCCUCCUUCAGCCUGCACGAGACCAUUGCAAAGCUAACAGGACAAGUGACUUUGCAAAUUGCCAGUGAACCAGUUUUGCCGUUUAAUGCCCUCGACAUCGCAUUAGAAGUUCAGAACAGUCUUAAAGGUGAUGAAGUAGACGUUCCUCAGUUGCUUGCAGCGGCAUCACGUCUGAGGGACACCGCAGAAUUGUUCCAAUCAGAUGAGAUGCGCCCAGCUAAUGACCCCAAGGAGCGAGCUCCUAUCAGAGUCAGGAUGCUCAAUGAUGUGCUACAAAGCUUGGAGAAAAGCUUCCUGGUUCAUCGAGCUCCUCCAGGACUUUACAGAAAUAUUCUUUACAGACUAGAUGAAAGGACAAGCCAGUUUUCAGUACUGCUAGAGGCACUGGAGCACUGCAAACUACAUCAGUCAAAUGAGACCAUUCAAGCAGCCUUGUCAGAGGUGCUGAACAGCAUCAAUUCAGCUCAGGUUUACUUCAAAGCAGGACUUGAUGUGUUUGAGACUACCUUAGCUGGAAAGAAAUGA